AUGGUGUAUUUGCUGCAGCCUAAGGCCAAUGUCACUGCUAGUCUGGAUCCAGGUCAAGAAGCACAAGAAAUAAUGUUGUUUGGCUUGUUUAUCGUAAUCUCAAUCUGCUCAUUUUUCUACAUUAAUUGUGUUUUGCUGUUCACCCUGAGGAGUAAGCCGGUGUUUUUUGAGACAUCCAGAUUUAUUCUGCUGUUUAAUUUGCUCUUUGCAGACACUUUUCAGCAGGUACCAAACCUUCUGCUUUACAUACUGGCUUGUUUACGAAUGAAAAUUCCAUAUUAUGCAUGUGGUUUCCUUGUUCUGCUCUGUCUUGCCACAGAGUUAAUCUCUCCUCUCACCCUGGCUGUGAUGUCAGUUGAGAGAUAUGUGGCUGUAUGCCUGCCUCUAAGACAUGCUACCAUCUUCACCAUGAGAAGCACAGGCAUGGCCAUUGCUGUGGUGUGGGCCCUUAGUUUUAUCAAUAUCCUCAUUCGAGUUUUUGUGCUGGUACAUGUUUUCACAAUAAUCCCCUUUAAUCAGCAUAUGAAUAGCUUUUGCUCUAAAGAAGCCUUGCUUUUUGCACCAAUCUUUAAAGAUUAUGAAAAAGUGUAUGCCAGCAUUGUCUUUCUGUCAGUGGGUUUAGCAAUCAUCGGCUCCUAUAUUGGUGUAGCACUUGUAGCCACGUCUGCCUCAACAGACAAAGCAUCAGCCAGAAAGGUUCUUCAAACGCUUCUGCUUCACCUGAUUCAGCUAUGCCUGGUUCUAACUUCUAUCAUGAACUCCGCCAUUAUUACACCCAUUGUUAGAACAAUGACGAGAGUAACCAUUUUACGUAUUUACAAUGUUUGUUUUGUGUUCUUGAGUAUCCUUCCAAGGUGUCUGAGUGCUCUCAUCUAUGGACUCAGGGAUCAAACCAUUAGACCCGUCCUCAUGCAAAAUCUGUGCUGUGGGUGGAAAAGCUCAGUUUUCCUCAACAAGAGCCGUUAA